UUUACAGCUGCUGAGCUUUUCUAACUUCAAGGAACGGAUUUCACCAGAGCAGGAAAAAAUAUAUAUAUACUUAAAAUUUUUAUUAUCAUUAUUUAAAUUACAUCACUUUAUUUAUUUGUAAAUAGGAACCCGAUUUCUGUCGAAUAAAGGAUCGUCAUGCCGCGGUCAUUUCUGGUGAAAAAUAAAAGAUGUUCUUCUUAUAACGUCCACCGGACUUAUGAGGAACAGGAGGCCUUUAAACACGAGGUUCCAUCUCAGGUCCAGGACUCCUCUGAGGGGCUCAAGUCAGAGAGGGGGUCUCCCUGCUCACCUCAGCCUGGAGGAGAGGAGCUGCAGUGUCCCUUACCUGCCCACCCUGAGCCAACCAAACCACCUGUGGCCCCCACACAGCCGUACUACCUGACAGAGCCUCACGUGGCCGAGUAUCCGCCUUACUACAAGCCGACGUUCGCCUGGGACCAGCUGGCGUCCUCCUACGACCUCCGCCAGCUGAGCUUCAGCCCCACGGUCCUGCAGCACGCCAGUAGACUGUACGGCCCCCACAUCAGCCGCAGCCCGCCGCCGGAGCAGCCCCUGGACUGCAGCACCCACUACUCCCCCACUUCCAACACCUACCACUGCAUCACCUGCGACAAGGUGUUCUCCACGCCCCACGGGCUGGAGGUCCACGUCAGGAGGUCCCACAGCGGGAUGAGACCGUUCGGCUGCAGCAUCUGCAGGAAAACCUUCGGCCACGCGGUCAGCCUGGAGCAGCACAUGAACGUCCACUCUCAGGAGAAAAGCUUCGAGUGCAAAAUGUGCGGGAAGUCAUUCAAGCGCUCCUCGACGCUCUCCACGCACCUCCUCAUCCACUCCGACACGAGGCCGUACCCCUGCCAGUACUGCGGGAAGAGGUUCCACCAGAAGUCGGACAUGAAGAAGCACACCUACAUCCACACAGGUGAAAAACCUCACAAAUGCCAAGUUUGCGGGAAAGCGUUCAGCCAGAGCUCCAACCUGAUCACCCACAGCAGGAAGCACACGGGCUUCAAACCGUUUGGGUGCGAUAUUUGCUCAAAGGGCUUCCAGCGAAAGGUGGAUCUCCGCCGGCACCACGAGAGUCAGCACGGCAUGAAAUGAAGACGGACCGAUAGCCCGAAUGUUUGUACAUAUUAGAUUUCUAAUUAAACAGGGAAGUGUCAUUAAUGCAGCUUAAAUAUCGUGUUUAUGGACAUUAGAAGAAGAAGAAGCUGUGACUCGUUCUGGGAGUUUAACUGAAAAAAAAAAGUCAAAUGUAAUUUAUUGAAGUAUUUUUUUAAAGAUGUGUAUAACUGGGAGUUGUAUGGGUAUCUUUAAAUAUUUGUCACGUUUACUUUUUUAUCUAUUUGAAAAUGUCUUUUAUUGAUGUAAAUUGGUGAUAAUAAUAAAAGUUAAUCUGAGAUGCAAA